AUGACAGAAUUUCUUCAAAAGAGUGAGCCCAUUCAGUGCACAGCAGGAGCUAUUCCCGUUAAGAAUGAAAAGGGUCAGACGUACAUGCAAAAGGUUAAGGUGCAUCGCUACAUAGCGGGAAAGCGCCCUGAUUUCGCUUCUGAUUCGGAACAAUCCGGCGAAUCUGAAUUCGAAGACGAGAAUGACGAGCGUCAGAAGCGUCGGAGGGCUGCUGAAUUAGAGCAGCAGCGGGAGAGCAUCUCUGUAAUAGAGCAGGAGCCCACCGCUGAGGAGUUGAAUGAUCCUCGUUUUCGCCGACUCAUGCUUCUAAAACAAGCCAGAGACGCAGAGGAGAAGGAGGCGAUGGCGGGCAGCGAGAACGAUGAAGAGUUGGAAGACCGAGUGCUGCGUCACAAGCGUUACCGCGGCGGUGAAGAUGGCGACCUCGACGAGCAUGCGGGUUCAGAGGAAGACAACGACGAGGACAUGGACGAAGACGAGCUUGCGCGCAGACGUGAGUUAAUCCGUCUUCGUGCUCAAAAACGUCGGGAGGAAGAGGAACGUGAGGCCGGGCGUCGCGACGACCACCUCGAUGCCUACCCGGACGAAGAGGCGGCCGCGGCUGCUGACGACGAGGAGGAAGACGAGGAAGAGGAUGAGGAGUACACGAGCUCUGAAGACGAGGUGGGUGCACCCAAGCUGAAGCCGGUCUUCGUGCGCAAGCAGGAGCGCGUCACACUGCAAGCCAAGCAACGCGCCGACCAGAUCGCCAAGGAGGCAGAGGAGGAGACCAAACGCCUGGCAGAUGAGAGGAGGCGCGACACGCUGAAGCUUCUCGAGGCGGAGAUCCGACGCGAGGCCGAAGAAGCACGGGCCAUGAAGGAUGAGCUGGAAGCUCUGGACUCAGACGACGCCGCUGGCGACCCCCAGAAGGAGCAGGAGGAGUACGAGCUGUGGAAGGUCCGGGAGUUGAAGCGAAUUCGCAGGGACCGUGAAACGAGAGAGGCGAUCGAGCGUGAGAGGGCAGAGGUUGAACGGGUGCGCAAUAUGACCGAUGCCGAGAGACAAGCCGAGUUCCGCAAGAACCCCAAGGAGGUGACUAACAAGGCAGUCAAGGGCAAGUACAAGUUCCUCCAGAAGUACUUCCAUCGUGGCGCCUUCUUUGUGCAGACAGACGAGGACAAGUUGUACCAACGUGACUUCUCCAAGCCCACUCUCGAGGACCACUUCGAUAAGACCAAACUGCCUCCUGUCUUGAGGGCAAGUUUGUUGUUUUAUUCGUCUGUUAAGAACUUCGGUCGGGCUGGUCGCACCAAGUACACGCACCUGGUGGACCAGGACACCACGGCGUUCGAUGCCGCCUGGACGUCGAACGAUCCACUGGCGACGAAGUUCCAAAUGUCUCAUGGCGGCGGCUUCAAGGACGUCUUUGAGAAGCCAUUGGCUCACAAGAAGAAGUAG